CCAGCAUCAACAGUGUUGUAUUUUAUCUCAUUUGAUCCCCAAAUGAACAAACUUUAAGGAGAAAGAAGCGAAAAAAGGAGGUUCUCAUGGUUGGGAUUGUGGUGAUUGAAUAGCCAAGGUGUGAAUUCGGGAUUGUUAGCGUGCAAUUGUGGAACUUGCAAAGGUUAUUUGGAAGAACCUCAACAUAGGCAUUGGUGCUGUUGAUUUUAGGAGUCCCUGAAAUGUAUAGGCCUGUGGCUACUCCAGAUUCAGCCACAUCCCGGGGUGGAUUGCCAAAUGAUAGUGGGGACUCUGUUGUGAGUUUGGAUCAAGUUCCAAGGUGGAUUGAUGCUGAACAUUCCUUAGAGCAUAACAACGGAGACUCAGCAUUUUCUAGUUCAUACUUUCCUGAUCCCUUGACAUUCAAGUCCGGGACAGAGAGCGGUGGCAGUGGUUCUGAGUCGAGGUUUCCUGUUAACCAUGAAGUUAAUUCGAAGAUAUACUUGUGGAGGGGUAACCCCUGGAACCUUGAGGUGGAUGCUGUGGUAAAUUCAACAAAUGAGGUCUUGGAUGAAGCACACAGCAGCCCAGGAUUGCAUGCCGCAGCUGGACCUGGCCUUGCAGAAGAAUGUGCAACUUUGGGUGGAUGUCGAACAGGGAUGGCUAAAGUAACAAAUGCCUAUGACCUUCCUGCAAGGAAAGUUAUCCAUACAGUUGGGCCAAAGUAUGCUUCAAAGUACCAAACUGCUGCCGAGAAUGCUUUAAGCCAUUGCUACCGUUCUUGCCUAGAACUUUUAGUUGAACAUGGGCUUAAAAGUAUUGCUAUGGGAUGUAUUUAUUCUGAGGCAAAGAACUAUCCCCGUGAGCCAGCUGCGCAUGUAGCUAUAAGAACUGUCCGGCGAUUUCUUGAGAAGUACAAAGACAAUAUAACAGCUGUCAUCUUUUGCACUACCAGCACAAUUGACACUGAGAUAUAUAAAAGGUUGCUUCCACUCUACUUUCCCCGGGAUAAACAAGAGGAGUUGAUGGCUUUGGCAAAGCUUCCUGCAGAUGUUGGGGAUGAGAAUGGUGAGACUGUCAUAGAUGAGCGCAAAAUCAGAAUAAAACCAUUGCCUAAAAAGAUUGUUUCAAAGCCUGCUAAAGCUCCAGUUGAUCUUCCUGUUAGUGAUGUCGGUUCACUUCGCAGGACUACAUCUUAUUUAGAUACAUUUCUGGAUCCUGCCUUCAUGUCACUGAUUAAGGACCCUGAUGAAAGACGUCUGGAGCAAUGGGAAAAAACUGUUCAAGCGCAGAGAGGCUGGAAUUUUUCUAACUUGCUUGGAUUUGGUGAUAUAGGUGGAGCUCCAUUGUCUGCCGCCGAAGAAUAUUCUCUGCACUCUAGAUAUCUUUCAAAAGCAAAAUCCUUAAAUUUGUCCGAAAUUGCAGAGAUGAAAAUUGUUUAUCGUGGAGGGGUAGAUAGUGAAGGUCGUCCUGUUAUGGUUGUUGUCGGGGCCCACUUUUUGCUUAGAUGUCUUGAUCUCGAGCGAUUUGUGCUUUAUGUAGUGAAGGAGUUUGAGCCUAUAAUGCACAAACCAUAUACUAUUGUAUACUUUCACUCGGCUGCAUCUCUGCAAGUGCAACCGGACCUAGGUUGGAUGAGAAGAUUACAACAAAUACUUGGGCGCAAGCACCAGCACAACCUGCAUGCAAUAUACAUCCUUCACCCAACUCUUGGACUAAAAUUGACUGUUUACGCGCUUCAGUUGCUUGUCGAUGGUGUGGUAUGGAAGAAAGUGGUGUAUGUUGAUAGAUUACUGCAGCUCUUCAGAUACGUACCCCGUGAACAGUUGACCAUCCCAGAUUUCGUCUUCCAGCAUGACUUGGAAGUGAAUGGAGGAAAAGGUCUCAUUGUGGAUCCUAGAACAAAAUAUGUCUAUCACCGACCAUGAUCAUGCCAUCAUCAGCUGAUACAAGAGCUUAACUGAAUGUAGUUUCUUCAUUAGUUUUGCCAUGCCAUUAUUCUCUUUGGCAAGAGGAAGAGGGUCUAUAUAUGUGUAUGGAAGACUUAGUUACUUUUUUUGAAGUACUGGCAAGUUUUUCUGUAAGUAAAAUAAUAGCAUCGUCUUUCUUUGUAGUGCCGAACCAAGUUGUGAAUAUAAUUUUAAGGUGAUUUUGAUCUCUGUUGAA